AGGAGACCAUGCGCACAUAAUCUGCCAUUCUGCUCCUAUACAACUAGUUUAAUCCAGUGAUGACAACGCGUUUCAGUGUGAUCUGCAUAGCUGCGGCACUUUGCCAUCUAGGUCACACAUCAUCUGCCUCCAAUGAUGAAGUGAACAAUCUUCUAAGCAGAGUCUUCCAAGCCAGUAACAACGAAAAUAUUAACCAAGUUUUUACAGUUCAAACCAAGGACAACGAACUCAUACUUGAGUCGGCAGACGUACGCUCAGCAAGAUCAGCCGACGGACAACCUGAAAACACUCUACAAAUAAUCGUUGGAAGCACCGGUGACAAACCCGCAAUCCAUACAAUCUCAACCGAUACCGGAACUGUAGAAGUGAAAUCCAAAGCAGGAUGGUGAACACAUUAUUUCCAUCGUGCACCUCCUACUACUUAUGAAUCGUGAUUGCAAAUGUAUAUAUACUCACUAAUAUUUAUUCAGCAAA